AUGAGCGAAACAUUGAUUUUAAAAUCAAUUAAUGGAAAUCAAUUAACAGAAAAAUUAAUUAAUUCAUGGUUUGAUACCAAUGAAAUCUUUAUUACAAAGAAGAACUUUUCCGAUGAUCGAUGUUCGAUUGAAAUUACAUUUAUUGACGAAGAAAGAGCUGAAAUGAUAUCUGAUUUAUUAACUACUUGCUAUAGUAAUUAUAUUUCAAUCGAACGUCCUCGAUCAUUAAUAGAAUCAUUAAAUAAUUCAUUUGAUGAUGAACGUGUAGCAUCUCCUCUUCAUCUUUCAUCAGCCGCAUCGAUUUCAUCGAGACUUUCUUGUUUUUCACAGCGACUUGGUGCAUUAGACACGAGAAAGAAUAAUCAACAUGCAGGACUUGGAAUUGGUCGUGGAUAUCGAAUGGAUAUUAAUCCAUUACAAAUGGAUUUAUCAAAAGCAAAAGAAAUAAAAGAUGAUGAAAAGAAUUCAAUAAGGAUCACUGCUAAUGCAACAUCAUCGACAACAUCGAUAACUAAUAAAAAUAUAUCCUUCGGAUUUGGAUGUGGACGAGGUUCUAUAUGCCAAUAG